AGUGCGGACGUGUUUUUCUCGCUUUUCUCCGCUUUCCACGCUUAAUGCGGCCCAAAACUGCAAAACGGAAAAAUACAAAAAAAGAAAAAAAUAAUAAACAGAAAGUAAUACAAGAAAACCUCAAACCCAAAAGCGAAACCAAGCCAAUUAAACAAACAAAACGAAUUCAAUUGUUAAACCACCUAAACGAAGAAUAAGUGAAAAUUACUUAAACACUGUAAAAGUGCAUUUAAGUUAUAAAUAACUACUAAAAAUAUAAAUAUUUAACCUCCAAUCGGAAAGUUGUUAAAUCCCAUUUUAUUAUAAAGCUUGUUUUUACCUUGCUCUUAUGAGCAAACCCCUUAGAGUAAAUCGAUAAGGAAUUUAAAAAUAAAUCAAUCAAUCUCCGCAAAGUUCUACAACCAAACACUGCCAAUGUGAACCCAUCUAUUUAAAAAAGAGAAUAACCAACCUGAAGAUAACCGAAAACAAACGUUAACGAGCAUUUAAACGGUCCUUAAAGUAUUUGUAACUGUAACUGUAACAGUAACUAACGGUAACUGGGUCAGUAGGCAGAGCCAAAGUAACGCCCCCUCAUCGAGGGCUUUUCCCAUUUUCCACCUCCUUCGCCACCAUCUUUUCAGUGUGACCUUGGACCAUGAACUCCUCAAGUGGCGAUGAUGAGGCGCCAAAGGAUCCGCGCACUGGCGGCGAGGAUUUUACGCAACAAUUUACAGAGAACGAUUUCGAGGGACAUCGGGCGCACACCGUUUAUGUGGGCGUCCAUGUGCCAGGAGGACGACGCCACUCGCAGAGGCGCCGCAAGCACCACCACAGUGGCCCCGGAGGGGGAGGCACGGGGCCUAGUGGCGGAGGUGGCUCCAUCGGCGGAUCCGGAAGUGUGGGCGGUGGUGCGGGCAAGGACAACAUCAGCGAGAAGCAACAGGAAGUGGAGCGACCAGUGACUCCCCCGGCUCAGCGAGUUCAAUUCAUACUCGGCGAAGAUGUGGACGAUGGCACGCAUGUAUCCCAUCCCCUGUUUUCCGAAAUGGGAAUGCUGGUGAAGGAGGGCGACGAGAUCGAGUGGAAGGAGACGGCGCGAUGGAUCAAAUUCGAGGAGGAUGUGGAGGAGGGUGGCAAUCGGUGGUCGAAGCCCCACGUGGCCACCCUCUCCCUUCACUCCCUUUUCGAGCUGCGCCGGCUGCUGGUCAAUGGCAGUGUAAUGCUGGACAUGGAGGCCCACAAUCUGGAGGUGAUGGCCGAUCUGGUCUGCGAUCACAUGGUCAGCGCGGGAACCUUGCCACCGGGGGUCAAGGAUAAGGUCAAGGAUGCCCUCCUGCGACGCCAUCGUCAUCAACACGAGAUUGCCAAAAAGUCGCGACUUCCAAUUAUUCGAUCCCUGGCCGAUAUGCGUAAUCAUUCUUCAUCGAAAAUUGAAGAGCACUCUGGCAACCUAUUGGGGGCCACAACGCCAAUUUCCCUAACGGCCAGCGAACCGGGACCGCCCGGAUCUAAUGGAAAUCCAAAUCUAAGCACCGCUGCCGGCGGAAUGGGGCGUUUUCUAACGGUGCCCAGUGGAAAACCCAGCAACAGAACGCUCGAGAAAAAAUCUAAUUCUAAACACUCGCGGCCCGCACAAAACCUGCCGUCGAUCACAGAGGACAUGGUCAAGAGUCCCAGCAACCAAUCGAUGGCCAGGCCAGGAAGUGCCACCGAGUUGAGUGAGCAGCAGCACAAGGGCAACACCCACUUCAUGCGCAAGAUCCCGCCGGGAGCGGAGGCCAGCAACAUCCUGGUCGGCGAGGUGGACUUCCUGGAGCGAACCCUGUCCUGCUUCGUCCGCCUCAGCCAGGCGGUCGUCCUGGGCGAUCUCACCGAGGUGCCCGUGCCCACGAGAUUUGUAUUUAUCCUGCUCGGUCCGCCUGGCAGUCAGAGCAACUUCCACGAGAUCGGCCGGGCGAUGGCCACCCUGAUGUCCGACGAGAUCUUCCACGAGGUGGCCUACCGAGCCCGUAAGCGGGAUCACUUGCUGUCCGGGGUGGACGAGUUCCUGGAUGCGGUCACCGUUCUGCCGCCCGGCGAGUGGGAUCCCACCAUUCGGAUUGAGCCACCGGCGGCCAUUCCCUCGCAGGAGGUGCGCAAGCGUCCGCCCGAGUUGCCCAAGGAGGAGGUGGACGAGGAGGAGGAGGAGGCGCGUCUGAGGGAGGAGAACGGGCUGUCCAGGACGGGCCGACUCUUUGGAGGCCUGAUCAACGACAUUAAGAGGAAGGCUCCCUGGUACAUUAGCGACUACAAGGACGCCCUGUCCAUGCAGUGUGUCGCCUCCUGGAUCUUCCUCUACUUCGCCUGCCUCUCCCCAAUCAUCACAUUCGGCGGUCUGCUGUCGGAGGCCACCGGCAAACACAUGGCUGCCAUGGAGUCUCUGGUGUCCGGGUUCGUUUGUGGCAUGGGCUAUGGCUUCUUUUCGGGUCAGCCGCUGACAAUUCUCGGGUCCACCGGUCCAGUCCUGGUCUUCGAGUCAAUUAUCUACGAGUUCUGUUUGAAGAUGGGCUGGGAGUAUAUGACGUUCCGGUUCUGGAUCGGCAUGUGGGUCGCCGGCAUUUGUAUCGUCCUGACCGCGAUUGAUGCCAGUGCCCUGGUCUGCUACAUCACCCGCUUCACCGAGGAGAACUUCGCCACCCUGAUCGCGUUCAUCUUUAUCUACAAGGCCAUUGAGAAUGUGAUGGUCAUCGGAAAGAACUUCCCGGUAAAUCAGGGGAUAUACGACUGUAUCUGUACACCGCCACUUGGGAGCAAUGCCAGUGUGAUCGAUUAUGCCAAAUACAACUGGAAUUAUUGUGAGUCUUACAAUGGCACUUUGGUUGGCAAAGAUUGCGGCAAACCGCCCACCGAGAAUGUUUUCCUGAUGUCGGUGGUACUCUGCACCGGCACCUUCAUCAUAUCCACCGUGCUGAAGGAUUUCAAGAACGCCCUUUUCUUCCCCUCGAUCGUUCGCCAGUACAUCAGCGACUUUUCGGUGUUGAUCGCGAUUUUUGCAAUGAGUUUCUUCGAUUAUUCCCUUGGAGUUCCCACCCAGAAACUGGAGGUGCCCAACGAGCUAAAGCCCACGCUGAGUACCAGAGGCUGGCUCAUCCCGCCGUUCUCCGAGAAGAACCCCUGGUGGUCGCCAAUCAUUGCCGUAUUCCCCGCCCUGCUUGGCACUAUUCUGAUCUUCAUGGAUCAACAGAUCACCGCUGUCAUCGUGAAUCGCAAGGAGAACAAACUGAAGAAGGGCUGUGGCUACCAUCUGGAUCUGUUCAUCCUCUCCAUUCUGAUUGCCAUUUGCAGCUUAAUGGGUCUGCCUUGGUUCGUGGCUGCCACCGUGCUGAGCAUCAACCAUGUGAACUCGCUGAAACUAGAAUCGGAGUGCUCGGCCCCUGGCGAGAAGCCACAGUUCCUGGGAGUGCGCGAGCAGCGGGUGACCCACAUCCUGAUCUUCCUGACCAUCGGCGGCUCUGUGCUGCUGACCCCGCUGCUCGGUCACAUACCCAUGCCGGUCCUGUUCGGCGUCUUUCUUUAUAUGGGCGUGGCCUCGCUCAAGGGCCUGCAGUUCUUCGAUCGCAUACUGAUUAUGUUCAUGCCAGCCAAGUACCAGCCGGACUAUAUGUUCCUGCGCCAGGUUCCCAUUAAGCGCGUCCACCUGUUCACCAUCAUUCAGCUGGCCUGUCUCAUUAUUCUUUGGCUGAUCAAGUCCUUCUCGAACACCUCCAUCCUGUUUCCCCUGAUGCUGGUGGUUAUGAUCGGCAUACGAAAGGCCCUGGAUCUGGUAUUCACCCGUCGAGAGCUGAAGAUACUGGACGACAUUAUGCCAGAGAUGACGAAGCGGGCGGCGGCAGAUGAUCUGCAUAAACUGGACGCUGAGGAUAAUCACCAUCAGCAUCAUCCGGUGACUGGUUCCGGGCCGAACUAUAAUGCCGAUAAGGCGGGUCCCACCACCAUUCACAUUCCCCUAUCGGGAAACAAGGCCGGCAACAAUGGACCCACAGUGAACAUUCCCCCAGAGGCUGUUAAUCGCACCACGGUCUGGCAGCAGAUCAACAAGGAUGGCAACGGGAUCUCGGAGCAACUGAUCAUCCCGGUCACCGUCAAAGUUCGUCAGAUCAAUGGCAACCAUUCCUCCCCGAGUGCCGCCCUCUCGCCACGCCUCUCGCCGAUGCACGAGGUUGAUGAGUACAGUGAAGCUGGGACAAACAGUCCGGGGAAUCCCACGGGAGUUCAGCAGCAGCAGCAACAGCAUCUGCAACAGCAACCUCAGCAAAUCAGCAACUGCAAGGCUGCCAAAAUCGAGGGAUCGUCCCUGCCCAAUUGCCAGAUCAGUCCGGCCAACAUAACACCCGUCUAAAGAUCCCGAAAACUAUAUCGAUUUAAAGCGAACAAAGCACAAAAAGACUCCCCAAACACACAUCCAUGUAUUUCUAGUUGUUCAUUCACAGCCGUAUCAUAAUCUCUAUUUACUAUAUAUCGCAGUAGUUAUCCCAAGGGACGAUUUUUAGGUACAGAUUUUUAGCUGCGCCAGUAGUAAGAAAAAACUUUCAUUUGGGGCUCAGGUACAAGUUAUACAAGUAUUACUUAUAUGAUAAAAAAUACGAUAUUCCGUAGACAAAAAAUACAUUCCAAAUAUACACUUUUGAAACGAAUUUUAUAAAGUCAAUUCCAAUAAGGAGGCGAAGAACAGAAAAAAAACAUCGGUGGGCCGAUGUUUACCCAAUUUUCAUACUGUCCACUUUGACUUGGUUAGCUAAAGCGAAUUGUGGGUUAUAAUGGGGCUUUUUUAUCGAACUGUGAUCUGGAGGUUAUAUCUUGGGGGUGGGUUGUAUAAGAAGCGUAUCAUUUAGCCUAGCCAAGACAAAGCUGUAAACAAUUGUAUUAUAUUUUAUGCCUUACACUAAGUUCUACACAAAGAAACAAGCAUCCUACCCGACACACCCCAAACAUAUAUAAUAAAAAAAAACAUAGACAACUAUAAAUAUUGAAUAAAAGUGGCGAACCAUUAAUUAGCCACAAGCAAACUGCGAAAAACAACAAUGUAUCUUUCAUUUCGUUAUUUUUGGUCUGCAUCGUUCGUUUUCAGUGUAUUUUGUGCAUAGUUGUGAGUGUGGCACCUACUGCUCCCAAAAUCUAUAUCUCUGAACAUUCAUACAUAGCACCUGAUCGAGUUCUGCCUGUCUUCCAUUAAAUUCAUCAAUAUUGCGAACCAGAGUUUGUGGAAUUCUCACAAAUAAAUAGCUAUAAGCUUAAAAGCCCAGUGAACAGAUAAUGUUAUUCCUAUAAGAACUCAAUAAACCCACUGAAAUCUCCAUUAAAAUUUAAAAAAAAUGUUUGUAUAUUUAAGUUAUGAUAGAAAUGGUUAUAAUAUUUUUGAUCAUCUUCAAACUCUGUUUCCAACAAUCAAUCCAUCAAAGCUCCAUUAGCAUCGUGUUUGAUGUCUGUAUGUGUAUCUUCUAUAACAUAAAUUCUUUGAUCUUAAAUGUAUUC